AUGACUGGUCAAAUCAAAAUCAAAGUGGAAAAAGAUAAUCAAAACAUUAUCUCCGAGAAUGUUGACUCCGAUGUUAAGGUUUCAACAGACACCCCCACAAAUAAUGACAAGAACAAUGACAACAAUAACAAUAGCAAUGACGAAAAACUGAAUCCAACAAAAACUAACACCAACAAAUCUUCUUCUACUAAUAAUCGAAAAGAUAAACCAAAAGCAUUCACUAUCAAAUAUAAACGUCCUAGAGGUUCUCGUGCUUGUACUGUUUGUCGAUCACGGAAAGUUCGAUGUGAUGCUGAAAUUCAUAUACCUUGUACAAAUUGUAUUACAUUUGGUUGUGAUUGUAUACUUCCAGAAGUUAAAAAAAGAGGCAAUCAAUCAGGUGAAUCCAAAGCUAAAAAGCAAAAAACUGCUUCUAAUUCAAAAACACCAAGUACUACCAUCAACAACGCCAAUACUACUGGUAAAUCAGCAGCUUCAACUUCAACUUCAACUGCAACCAAGUCAAGUGUUAAAGAAAAAAAUUACACAAAGAAAAAAUCUUCCUCCACAAAUACAUCAGACAAUGGGACACUACCCGUACUGGAGAAUUCAUCGAACAUCUCCUCGACAACGGCUACGGCUACGGCUGCAGCAACAAACAACGACAACAAUAACAACAACAACAACAAUCCCAUCACUACUACCGCUUCUGCAUUAUCAUCUUUAUCUAAAUCUACCAUAAACAAUUCCACUUCUACAACUUCUGCAAAUGAACCUAUUUUAAACAUUUCUCAAAUUAGUGUACCUCCAUCACUAACUUCAACUUAUAAAAAUCGUCCUCUGAUGCAUAAAAAGGAAUUACUUGAUUCUAAAGCUAAAACUUCUUUAACAUUUUUAGGUCUGUCAUCAAUUGGGGUUGUACCUCAACGUGCUGGUGAAAAUCAUGUUGAAUUAACUACAGAUAUUUUUGAUACUAUGGAUGUUACAUUAGAUUCAGUUGAAUUAGAAAUUUUGAAAAUUAGAGGGGCAUUUUUAUUACCAAACAAGGAAUUAUCCCUUGAUUUAAUUAAUGCAUAUUUUGAACAUGUUCAUCCAUUAAUGCCAGUGAUUAAUCGUUCAUUAUUUAUGAAAAAAUUCCAUGAUCCUAAUGAUAAUCCAAGUUUAAUGGUUUUACACGCAGUAUUAUUAUUAGGAUGUCGAGUUUCGAAAAAUCCUUUAUUGUUAGAUUCUCGUGGAACUAAUGAUUUGGCCAGUAUAACUUUUUUCCGUCGAGCUAAAGCAUUAUAUGAAACAAAUUAUGAAAGUGAUCCAAUAUCAAUUAUUCAAACUUUAAUUUUGAUUGGUAGUUAUUGGGAUGGUCCUGAAGAUGUUACAAAAAAUUCAUUUUAUUGGACUAGAGUAGCCGUUGGAUUAGCUCAAGGAUUUGGAUUCCAACGUGAUGUUAGUAAAUCACAAAAUUUAACUAUUUCAGAAAAAAAAAUUUGGAGAAGAAUUUGGUGGUGUUUAUUUGAAAAAGAUCGUAAUGUUUCUAUUGCUUUUGGAAGACCAGUUGUUAUUGAUUUAAAUGAUUGUGAUGUCCCCAUGUUAACCAUUGAUGAUUUUGAUGAAACUGAUGCAGAAUUAGGUAUUAUUGAUCCUUAUACUGUUGAUGAAACUCAAGCAUUAUAUUUUAUUCAUUUAGUUAAACUUGCUGAAAUCACCGGUAUUAUUAUUAAACAUCAAUAUAGUGUUAAAUCAGAAUCAAUGAAAAGAAGAAAUGCAUUUUCUAUUAUUGAACAUUGUGAUAUGUUAAUGGGGAUUUGGUUUACUAAUUUACCACCACAAUUAUCAUUUUCAUUAGCAGAUAAUCUGACUCAAAAUUUUUAUGCAUGUUUAUUAAAUGCUCAAUAUUAUAAUCGAUUAUAUUUAAUUCAUCGAUCAAAUUUAGUUCGAAUGGCAAGAUCUUCAUCAACUAAUCCCAAUAAUUAUAAAUAUCCUAGUUGGGGGAUUUCUUUCCAAUCAGCAAGAAUGAUUUCUAUUAUAUCGAAAAUUUUAUUGGAUCGAGAUUUAUUACAAUAUGUUCCAGUAAUGUUUAUUUAUAUUGCUUUUAGUGCUUUAAUUAUGUUGAUUUAUCAUGUUGAUUCAACUAAUGGAGUUAUUGCAUCAACUGCUACUGAUUCAUUAUAUGUAUCACGAGCAGUAUUAAAAGAAUUACAAAAAGCUUGGCCCAUUGCUGGAGUAUUAUUGAAAUUAUUUGAUAAAUAUGCUAAUGAUAAAUUGAAAAGAUCAAAACUUAUUGAAAGUAGUUCUAAAGUUGCUGAUUAUAAAGAAACUGUAGCUAAUGAGAAAUUGAAAAAUUCUUCAACAAGUCCAUUAGCUUCAGAUACUUAUGGAAGAGUGAAAGCUACACCUGAAGUGACAACGUAUCAAGAACCACCACCUCCGCAUCAUCAUCAUCAGCAGCAGCAGCAGCAACAACAACCUUUGCCACCACAACCACGACAAGGUUCAUCACAAUUACCAUUACCACAAACAAAACAACAACAAGGAUAUGGAUCUGUUCCACAUGAAGAUAAUUUUAGAAAGAAUAUUUUUUCACCUGGUUCAAAUUCAACAACAUCAGGGAUUUCUCCUGGAGGAAAUGUUUAUCAAGAUUAUCAAACAUCACCAGCUAAUGUAUCUCAUGCAUUAAGACAACUUCAAGAUCAACAGCAACAACAACAACAACAGCAACUGCAACAGCAACUGCAACUGCAUUAUCAACAACAAGAUUUUGUAUAUAAUAACAAUGGCAAUACCAAUAUUCAACAUAAUUUAAGACCACCACAAAUUGAAGAAUUAGUGAAACAAUAUAAAUUACCUAUGAAACGAGCAGCACAAGGUGAAACUAGUGAUGCUAGUGAUAAACCAACUACAGAUACUUCACCAACUUCAUCAACUAAAUCAUUCCCGGAAAUAUCUAUGGUUACUGAUAAUUUAACUAAUAAACAAGAUUUUAUUGAUAAUUUUGAACCAACACAAUUAUUUCCAAAUUUUAGUAUCCCACCAACAAGAGUACAAUCACCAACUCCAAAUUAUGAUGAACAAAGUAAUAAUAAUAAUAAUAAUAAUAAUAAUAAUCAUGAUAAUGGAAUUGGUAGUAAUAUUUAUGGAUCUAUGAAUCAAGAAAUGACUAUGAGAGAUGCACCACCAUCACAACUGCAAGAACAAUUUCAUGGUGGUAAUGGUAAUGGUAAUGGUAAUAAUGAUCAUCAUUUUAAUGGUGGUAAUAAUGGUGGUAAUGGUAACACUCGUGAUCCACAUACUCCAGGUUUCCAAACUAAUUUUAUUGAUAGUGCAUUUAAUUAUUUGAAUUUACAAUCAGGUAUUGAUAUGAAUGAAGAUAUUCAUUCAUUAUUUCAUAUGAUGAAUUGA